AUGGAAGUAGGCGGUCGUCUUGCAUCACAAAAUUCCUUACAUAGUCGUAACCGUAGCACUAGCGGUAACGGUGGUAAUGGUAAUGAUAAUAUCAGUAUGGUUAGACAAACUUCUAGUAGAGGAUAUGAAGGAAGUUCUGAGGAUACACAGUAA